AUGGCACGAAGCUCGCGGGGCGCCAACCAGCGCUCAACAUGGUCCAUCGCCUUCUACCUUCUCCUCGUCCUCGUCGGCGGUCUGAUGCUGGCUAAGACAGCACAUGCCCAGGACCAGGAACCCAUCAAGGAGGACAGCAAUGCUGUCUCCGGCCCCGUUAUCGGUAUUGACCUGGGAACCACCUACUCUUGUGUCGGUAUUAUGAAGAACGGAAAGGUUGAGAUCAUCACCAACGACCAGGGUAACCGUAUCACACCUUCUUGGGUAGCCUUCACCGAUGACGAGCGUCUUGUCGGAGACGCCGCCAAGAACCAGUUCGCCUCCAACCCCGAACGCACCGUCUUCGAUAUCAAACGUCUCAUCGGUCAGAAGUUCAAGGACAAGUCUGUUCAGAAUGACAUCAAGCACUUCCCCUUCAAGGUUGUCAACAAGAACGGCCAGCCCAACGUCGGCGUUGAGGUUCACGGCAAGGAGACUACCUUCACACCCGAGGAGAUUUCCGCCAUGGUUCUGGCUAAGAUGAAGGAGGUUGCGGAGAGCUACCUCGGCGAGUCUGUCAAGAACGCUGUUGUUACCGUUCCCGCCUACUUCAACGACGCUCAGCGUGCCGCCACCAAGGACGCCGGAACUAUCGCUGGUCUCAACGUUCUCCGUGUUGUGAACGAGCCCACCGCUGCCGCUCUGGCUUACGGCCUCGACAAGACCGACCAGAAGGAACGCCAGGUUCUCGUCUACGAUCUCGGUGGUGGUACUUUCGAUGUGUCUAUCCUCACUAUCGAAGAGGGCGUUUUCGAGGUCCAGUCUACCGCUGGUGACACUCAUCUCGGUGGUGAGGACUUCGACAACCGUGUCAUCAACUACUUCACCAAGAAGUAUAACAAGGAGAACGACGUCGAUAUCACCAAGGACUCCAAGACCAUGGGUAAGCUGAAGCGUGAGGUCGAGAAGGCCAAGCGUACCCUCUCAUCCCAGAAGACCACCAAGAUCGAAAUCGAGUCUUUCCACAAGGGCAAGGAUUUCUCCGAGACUCUUACCCGCGCCAAGUUCGAGGAGCUCAACAACGACCUCUUCAAGAAGACCCUCAAGCCCGUUGAACAGGUUCUCAAGGACGCCAAGAUGAAGAAGAGCGACAUCGACGACAUCGUUCUUGUCGGUGGCUCUACCCGUAUUCCCAAGGUCCAGGCCAUGCUCGAGGAGUUCUUCGGAAAGAAGGCUCGCAAGGAUGUUAACCCUGAUGAGGCUGUUGCUUACGGUGCUGCCGUUCAGGGUGGUGUUCUCUCUGGUGACGCCGCUACCGACCAGCUCAUUCUCAUGGAUGUCAACCCUCUCACUCUUGGUAUUGAGACCACUGGUGGCGUCAUGACUACCCUCAUCAAGCGUGGUACUACCAUCCCUACCAAGAAGAGCCAGAUCUUCUCUACGGCCGCCGACAACCAGCCCGUAGUCCUGAUCCAGGUCUUCGAAGGAGAGCGAAGCAUGACUAAGGACAACAACCAGCUCGGAAAGUUCGAGCUGACCAACAUUCCUCCCGCUCCCCGUGGUGUUCCCCAGAUUGAGGUCACUUUCGAGCUCGAUGCCAACGGUAUCCUCAAGGUCUCCGCUAUCGACAAGGGCACUGGUAAGGGCGAGUCCAUCACCAUUACCAACGACAAGGGCCGUCUUAGCAAGGAGGACAUUGAGCGCAUGGUUGAGGAAGCCGAGAAGUACGCCGAGGAAGACAAGGCCAACCGUGAGCGCAUUGAGUCCCGUAACAAGCUCGAGAACUACGCCUACAGCCUCAAGAACCAGGUCAACGACGACGAGGGUCUUGGUGGCAAGAUCGAGGAAGAGGACAAGGAGUCUCUCCUCGAGGCUGUCAAGGAGACCCAGGACUGGCUCGAGAGCAACGCCUCAGAGGCUGCCGCUGAGGACUUUGACGAGCAGUUCCAGAAGCUGUCCGAUGUCGCCUACCCCAUCACCUCCAAGCUCUACGGCUCUGGCGGCCCCGGUGGUGACGAUGAGAUGCCCGAUGACCACGACGAAUUGUAA